AUGGAUCAGCACCAUCACCAGCAUCAUAAUAAUAGUCAGGAUCAAGAGCAACAAAUCUAUUAUGGUAGAUCUGUGAAUAAGGUCUACAACCAAGAGUUCAUCAUAGACAGACGAUUCAAGAUCGUUAAAGAGUUAGGGCAUGGUGCUUAUGGGAUUGUUUGUUCUGCCAAAUACGACGAUGGCACGUCAACUAAGGAUGAACCAGAUUCCCAGAAUAACGGUUCCUCUGACGGGUCAUAUGUUGCCAUCAAGAAAAUUACAAAUAUAUUCACCAAGAAAAUCUUGUGCAAACGUGCGUUGAGAGAAUUGAAGUUAUUGCAGUUUUUCAGAGGACAUAAGAAUAUUACUUGCUUGUAUGAUUUGGAUAUUAUUCCUAAUCCAAUGACUGGUGAAUUCAAUGAAAUUUAUUUAUAUGAAGAGUUGAUGGAAUGUGACAUGCACCAGAUCAUUCGAUCUGGUCAACCUUUAACAGAUCUGCAUUAUCAGUCAUUUAUUUAUCAAGUGUUGUGUGGUUUGAAGUACAUACAUUCAGCCGAUGUGUUGCAUCGAGACUUGAAACCGGGAAACUUGUUGGUUAAUGCUGAUUGUGAAUUGAAAAUUUGUGAUUUUGGGUUAGCAAGAGGAUUUUCCGAAAACCCUGAUGAAAACGCUGGGUUCAUGACAGAGUAUGUUGCCACCAGAUGGUACAGAGCACCUGAAAUUAUGUUGAGUUUUACAAACUAUACCAAGGCAAUUGACAUCUGGUCAGUUGGAUGUAUAUUAGCAGAGCUUUUGGGAGGAAAACCUAUAUUUAGAGGAAAAGAUUAUGUUGAUCAAUUGAACCAAAUAUUAAUGAUUUUGGGAACACCACCUGAAUCCACAUUACAAAGGAUUGGAUCCCACAGAGCCCAGAAUUACGUCAGAUCAUUACCUAUCAUGAGAAAAGUAAGCUACAAACAACUAUUUCCAGACGCAAACCCAUUGGCAUUGGAUUUGUUGGAAAAAAUGUUAACCUUGGAUCCACACGAGAGAAUCAGUGUUGAAGAAGCAUUAAGUCAUAAAUACUUGGAAGUGUGGCACGAUCCAAGAGACGAACCAGAGUGUCAAGUCAAAUUUGAUUUUAAAUCAUUUGAAACGGUUGAUGGUUUGGAGGACAUGAGACUGUUGAUCAUUGAUGAAGUGAAGAAUUUUCGUGAGUUUGUGAGGAAACCAAUCGAAGAGCAGCAACAAAUACAGUUACAGUUACAAAUUCAACAACGAGAGAAACAACAAGCCGAAGAGCAGCAACAGCAGCUUCAAAGGGCACAAGCGCAGGAACAAAAUGAUUAUAUGGAUAUAUCCCAAACACCAUAUACCAAUUUAGAAACCAAUAUGGCGACGCCGCAGGUUGAAGAAGAUUACCCCAGACCACAAGAGUUGAAUGAUUUUACAUUUUCUAAUUUAGAAUCAGCAAAUGCUUCGGAUUCUAUGCAUCUAUAUCACGAUUUAGCCAAACCGUCUGGCAGUGAGUACAUAAAGCUAGAGGAAGAGUUGGGUUUUGGGUUAGAUGGCGCCAUGUUUAAUAACUAUUAA